AUAUAGUAAAUACCUAAUAAUCAGCUAAUUUUGUUAGUUAAUUUGUGCUUACUGUACAACACAUCUCUAGUCAAAGUAUAAGUCUUCCAAAUAAAUGAAAAUGGCGGAACAAAGCGAAAGAAAUCAGUUGCCACCUGGAUGGGAAUGCAGAUAUGACAGUAGAAGCGGUCGAGCUUAUUUUAUAAAUCACUUCAAUCGCUCAACUACUUGGGAAGACCCAAGAGUACGUUAUUGGCAGUAUGCUCAGUAUAUCCAAUCUCAAAAUUCAACAACUCCAAGUUCCGGAACAACCGAUCACCUGAGUGAAUCCAUUCCUUUACAGAUGAGUGGAAAUUCCACAACAGGGCAUUCAGUUUAUUCUGGAGCUCAUAGAGUUCCACAAGUAUAUCCAACUCCUUCACCUUAUCGUAAUCCACAACCUGCUUUCUUACCUCCAAGUCUACAGGAUUUAAAGACUCCACUAUCUAAUCGAUCUGUGAGUGGCUUGACGAACCGACUUGGUGAAAUGACGAUCGGAUCUCCAACCCCAAUCAGAAAUAUGGAAACUAGCUUAAUUCAAAACGAAGACGUAGAAUUACAAGUGGUGAAAAUCAAUACCAUGUUUCCAACUGUCUCUGAUACCCAUAUUCGAUUAUUAUUAAAAAAAUAUCAUAAUAGACCAGCUUUGGUUGUAAGUGCACUACAAGUUGAGAAGAAUCCGCUUUGUCAGCCUGGACCUUGCACACCAAUAGGCGUACAUUCCAGCUAUGCAAUACCGAGAUGGCGUCUUCCAUCCCACGCAAUACAUACAACUCUAACACUGAGUCCACCACGAGGUGUACGGCCAGUCCCGCAUUCCCCAAAAAUGAAACUUAGGUACCUGAAAAAUGUAUUUCCUAAAGUGGAUGAGUAUAUACUUCUUGAUACUUUAGAGCAAUGUGAAAAUAAUGUUCAAAAAGCAACAGACAAAUUGCUUGAACUUGGAUAUGAAAAGCGUAAUCCAACUGCUCCAUCCAGAUUGUCUAUUAAAAAGAAAGAAGAUGAAAAGAGUUACACUGCUCCAUCUGCUCCUACUCCACCUCCACGAAUGAAAAGUAUAGAAGAAAAAAACAAAAUAAAACUACAUUUAAUGGAUAAAUUUAAAGCUGUACCAGAAAAAGUUAUUUUAUUAGCAAUGGAUAGUGUAGAUUAUGAUGAAGAGAGAGCAGCUUAUAUUUUAGAUAUUAUGAUUACAGAAGAAGCCAUAAAGCCAUUAAAUACGUCCAGUAGUCAAAGUAGUAAUAAAAGUGAUGAUAAAAAAGAUUGCCCUCCAAUAAUAGAAGCACUGAAAUUACAUGCUUCACCAAUUAAAAGAAUGAUAAAAGAAGUAAAUAUUGAACAAUCAAAAAGAUCAAAACAAAAAAGUGAAGUUCCAAAAAUUUCACGUGGAACUAGUACAACAGAAGAUGAUGAUUAUAAAUCACCUUACCUAAUAAGACCAUUGGGUCCUAAUACAGAUUUACCACAAGGAGCAAAUAAUAAUUUACUUUUACCUGAUUAUGCACCAUGGUCUGGUCCUGAUCCAUCAUUGUUAAUAAAACAAAAAUACACCAAAACAUUAGCUGUAGGACAAAAUGUUUAUUUUACUGGUAAUCGUAAUCUUGCAAAAGGUCCUAAUUCAGAGCUUCGCAAAGGUCCACUUAGAGGAUUAGCUCAAGGUUCAAUAUAUUCUCAGAGAAAUGCCAUUAGUAAUAUAGAGAGUCGCGGUAAAUGAAAUAUGUGUAGUUGUUUUUUUUAAUUCAUUUUUAUU